AUGGGAAAGAAGAAGCAGAAGAAAAACAUCACCGGUCUUCGGAACCAGCCAAAGACGGCUUCUCACGUCAAAGAUAAUGUCACCGUGGCUACGGCGCCAGCUCACCCAGUGACCCAUGCCGAUGUCGAUGAUCAAUCAGAUAAUGACGAGGGAUGGGAUCCACAUGUUAGAUUGGACAGCAAUAGACCAUGCUGGGACUCUGACGAUGAAGAAAAGGAUAGCGAGGAUGAGGCUGAUGUUGAAGACGAAGUUAUUGAAGCUGGCGAGGAUGGGUGGAGAAGUGAAUCGUUACAAGUUGGACUUAUGGUCCUUGCAAUUGAAAUUGGGGAUGAUCCUCGAGAUGAAGAUUGGAUUCCUGAGGCAGUGCGAAGAAAGCAUAAAGCUAGAAUGGCCCAAGCUCGACCACGCCCGACAUUUUAUCAGAAAGGUCCAGAUGUUGGCAGCAAAUCUGACCGAACACAACGACGAUACACAGACUUGCUCAAAGGUCAACAAACACUUGAGAAUCUUGGUUUUGUGAAAGCAGAACCCCGAACGAGAUCAAAUGCAAGGGCAUCCGAGACAGAUAGUACACCAAGUGAAGAUUCUGCAGGAGUCAAAGUCAAAGUUGAGGACAAGAGCCCUUUAAUAAGCCCAUGCUCACUGGCAAGUUCCCUGCCCACAUCAGAGCUCGAGGAUGGUGUCUGCGUGCGACAGGAAACACCAGAUCCACCAGUACUCGAGUUCGAUGUCGAGAUACGGCAAGAGUCUUUGACUCCGCCCCCGCUCCAUUUCGCCGAGUCCAGAUCUCCGAGCGUGCGCAUCCGUGAAGAAUCCGUGACGCCGCCACCGCUAUUCUUCAAUCGUCCCACACGAAAAAGAAAAGCAUCAGGAAGCCUAGAAAGCGAAGACUCAGAGGAUGAAAUGAUGUCCAACCCUCUGGGAGAUAACAGCGGAGAGCAACAGCGUGUUGAAGAUUUGCGGGGGGAAGAAUCAGCAGAUGCCUGGGAAGAAGAACUCGAUGAAACUCUGAUACCGAAUGCUGAAAUUCAAGAUUGGGCCACUCUACGAACUCAGAUCAAGACCGAUCUUAAAAAAAAGCAUAAGUCCAUGACCUUAUCGCAGAUAAAUCAGCUGAUGCUCUUACGGAAUUUUGCAAACCUCUGUCUGAAGGGUUUUGGGAGAGUCAAAGCCAGUUUUGAGAUCGCACGGCAAUGGCACGAAAAGGACGAAUCGAAUAUUUAUUUUGCCCGGCGGAUCCGCGCACUUGCACGGCAUUAUCAAAUAUUCGAGCAACUACCAAAGGAGCGCCGUGGAGGAUCCAAGAAUGCACGCUCACUUUUGAAGGAGGAAGUCGUUCGGACAGUAUCAAGAACAUGGCUCACCGAACAACCCAUAGGAUCAAUAACUUUGAAUAAAUUUCGGCAUGCACUGAACGAUAUUAUCUUACUGUCAGUGGGUAUGACUCCAAGCAAGCCACUCUGCGAACGAACCGCCCGUCGAUGGCUCGUAAAAUUGGGGUGGACACGGACGGUCCUUCGAAAGGGCGUAUAUAUGGAUGGCCACGAGCGCGCAGACGUUGUUGAAUAUCGCGAGAAGGUGUUCCUCCCAAAAAUGAAAGAGUUCGAACGCAGAAUGGCACGAUACGAAGGACCUGAGCUGAAGCGCGUCGAGCCAAAUCUACUGCCUGGAGAAAGAGGGAAUGAUCACAAAUCCACGGCUUGGCUAAAGGAUGGUCAACAAAUUCUACAAAAAAAGGGACGUGGCCGUUUAAUUCACAUUUCUGAUUGGGUUGAAGAGGUAAACAGGCGAUUGGUGGUCCGAAAUUCUGACGGCAUCGUGAUCAAAGAGGCCCGAAAGAUCAUCUAUCCAGGAUCAAACGGCGAUCCGUACUGGGAUUGCGAACAGCUAAUUGAACAGGUGAAGACAAAGGCAAUUCCCAUCUUCGAAGAAGCGCAUCCUGGUUGCCAGGCGUUAUUUAUUUUCGAUCAAUCCUCAGCUCAUGCGGCUUUGCCGCCUGAUGCUCUCAAAGCAUUCGAAAUGAAUAAGUCCAAUGGCGGGAAGCAGCGCCGCCAGAAGGACACUAUUAUUCCGGACACUAACCCUUCUCCAGAAUUCCGUGGAAAGGUACAGAAAAUGACAACAGAGACAGGCAAGCAGAAGGGCUUGCAGCAAACUCUGGAAGAGCGUGGCUUCAAUGUCACGGGCAAGCGUGCUAAAUGCUCCCCUGUCUGCCCUUGGGAGAACAAUGAUUGUUGCAUGGCACGGAUUCUCAGCAAGCAGGAUGAUUUUACGAACCAGGUCUCGAUGCUUGAGACCCUCAUCAAAGAAGCUGGCCACGAAUGUAUCUUCCUCCCCAAGUUCCACUGCGAACUUAAUCCAAUUGAAAUGUACUGGGGAUGGGUCAAGUACCGUUAUCGUCAAGUUCAGAAGAAGACAUUCGAGGACGCGAAGCAAGCGGCACUUGCAGCGCUCGACUCAUGUCCAGUUGAUGUCAUUCGGAGAUUCAUCAAUCGUUCCUGGCGGUUCAUGGAUGCUAAUCGAGUUCCACUGUCCGGAAAGGCCGCCGCGUGGGCAGUUCGCAAGCAGAAGGGUCAUCGCACAAUUUCCCAGAGCGCGAUGAUGCACCUAGAUGCCAUCGUCCGCCCUACUUAG